UUCUCAAGCCUUCACGAUUUAGUGCUUCCUGCACCGCUAGACCGCGCCGGCCGAAUGGCCUCGUGGUGGGGGCGCGGCGGCGCCGGCGGCCUCGGCGGCGGCCUCGGCGGCGGCUACGGAGGCUACGGAGGCUACGCCGGCGGCCACGGCGGCGGCUACGGGUACAGCGGUCUGCAGCAGGGCGGCGCCUGCGGCGGAGAUGCUUGCUGCGCCGAGGCCGUGGACUGCGGAGCGGGCUCCUGCUGUGGGGCGGGCGGCGCGGGCGGCGCGUCCUCCUGCUGCGGAGCGGGCGGCACCGAGAUUUUGUCGUACGUUGGUCCAGGGGGCGACUACGCGCAGGACACGACGUACCGGUACGUGGGAGGCGGAGCAGGCACGUUCGAUAGGAUCCGCAUUCCAGGCCGCGGCUCCUGCUGCUGCCUGGUGGUGAUUCCGCUGGUGCUGCUGCCGCUCUUGCUGAUCCCGCUGAUGUGGUCCGCGACGACCACCACGACCACGACCACCACGGUCCCUCCGAUCGUGACGACCACGGCCCCGCCAGACGUGCCCACCACCACGACGACCCAGAAGACGACGACCAAACCGCCGCCGCCCCCGCCGCCCCCGGCGCCGCCGCCGCCGCCCCCGCCGCCGCCCCCGCCGCCCCCGCCCCCGCCGCCCCCACCGCCGCCUCCGCCCCCGCCCCCGCCCCCGCCGCCAACGACCACUCCGAAGAGGAUCAAUUGCGCCGAGGGCGCCCCGCAGUCGUGGGACGCGGCCAAGAAGGUCCAGAGGGCGUGGGGUUGCUUGUUCUCGCGUUCGCUGCCUGGCCAUGCCGAGUGA